CAGCGGCCAGGAGACUGAGGCGCAGCUGGCGGGCAUGGCGGCGGGCGGGCGCCUCACCGGGCGCAAAAACCUGAAGCAGACAAAACCGGUGUUCUACACGGGCAGCUGGCGCCACAGGGAGUGUGGGGUGAUCACCAUUGAGAAGGCUGCCGCUAGGGCUGACGGCAGGGCCGUCAACGCGUUGUGCACCGUCUGCAAGCAUAACACCACCAUCUCCAUCAAGAAGUGGCGCCUGAAGGAGGUCGCGGAGGUCAUUGACCUGUGCGACAGCGACUGAGGGAUGGGCAGUGGUGGCAGCGGCGAUGCGGCGCUGGAGUAGGGAGACGGUGGAGGUAGUGCGGCGCUGCGGCGCAUCUGCGAUUCUGCGGUGCCAAUCCUCCGGUGGUAUCGCGGGCGGCAAAUCGAAGCGAAGGAGUGCACAGCAUGCGCAUUGUGUUCUAGGAAGGUGUAAAGUUCAAAUGCG